AUGCCUCCUAGAUCCAUAUGGCUGCGCGCUGCUGCCAUUGCUGCUGUUGCGGCACAGGCGGCCGGCCAACAAUGCUGUAUGUCGCACAUACAUGUUGUCGCACUCCUCAAAGUACUGACUGUCGCAGAUUACCCUAAUCGAAGCAGGGCGCCAGACACAGAGAAGCCAUGCUCUACAGCAGAGGGUUCGGCCUGUUGUCCUGACAACUGGGAGUGUCUCGACAAUGGUCUUUGCCACUAUCCUCCUACCAAGCUGUAUGGACGAUACAGUUGCACGGACCAGGACUGGGAGUCGCCGGGAUGUGCCUCGAACAUGUGCACCUACUCUGGCCUUGCUGGCGGUGCUGAAUCCAUAACACAGUGCUCCAACCACGACGAUCAGUAA